GAACUUUUUUAGUAAAAGGAGCUAGUAUAAAUGUAUAACAUAGGAGUCUCAAAUACAGUUGCUAUUACGGAGUGACAUAAUAAAGUCAUAAAGCGUUAAAACUCCAUUCUAGAUCUUCUCGAACGAGAAGACUUGAUCGGAAGGCCAAAAGAAGAUGAAGAUCACUGUGUUGACAGCUGACGAACAAAUUAUUACCCUCGAUGUCGAUCCAGACGAAACUGUCGAGAACUUGAAAGCUUUAUUGGAAGUUGAGACACAGGUAUCUCUUCAGCAACAAAAGCUGCUAUUUAAUAGGAAGGAGACGUUGAAUGCUGAUAAGCUAAGCAGUCUUGGCAUCAAUGAUGGAGAUUUGGUAACGAUGGAGAGGGUGUCUCCAUCAAGUGCAUCUACCAAUGCCUUAGGCAUCAAUCCAGAUGGUUCUGCAGUGAACCCUUCAGCAUUCCAACAGCAUUUGCGGAAUGAUUCCAAUUUGGUCGCUCAACUGUUCCAGAAUGAUCCUGAACUAGCACAAUGUAUUCUCGGGAAUGAUAUCAACAAGCUACAAGAGAUUCUUCGUUUACGUCAUAAGCAGAGAACAGAGCUCCUUCGCAGGAAAGAUGAGGAAAUGGCACUACUUUAUGCCGAUCCCUUUGAUAUAGAGGCACAAAAGAAAAUAGAAGAAGCAAUCCGACAGAAAGGUAUUGAUGAGAACUGGGAAGCUGCAUUAGAGCACAAUCCUGAAGCUUUUGCAAGGGUGGUCAUGUUGUAUGUAGACAUGGAAGUCAAUGGUGUCCCUUUAAAGGCCUUCGUUGAUAGUGGAGCUCAGUCAACAAUUAUAUCAAAAAGUUGUGCUGAACGAUGUGGAUUGUUAAGACUCUUAGAUACACGCUAUAGAGGCAUUGCUCGUGGUGUUGGUCAAUCUGAGAUACUUGGUCGAAUUCAUGUUGCUCCAAUCAAGAUUGGGCCAGUAUUUUAUCCCUGCUCAUUUCUGGUUCUGGAUUCCCCAAAUAUGGAAUUUUUAUUUGGACUUGACAUGCUUCGUAAACAUCAGUGCAUGAUUGACCUGAAAGACAAUGUUCUUCGAGUUGGUGGAGGGGAAGUCGCAGCACCAUUUCUACAUGAGAAGGAUAUUCCAUCUCAGUUUUUGGAUGAAGAGAAGCAUGCCAAGGAGCUUUCUGCUUCCAGUUCACAAGAACCUCUUCGACCCAAGGAGAACAGUAAUUUGUCUAAAGGAACUCCAGGGAGCUCUAGUCGAGGUGCACCGGAGGAACCUUAUUCUGAAGCAAAAGUUGCCAAGCUUGUUGAGCUGGGGUUUGGAAAGGAUGCAGUCAUACAGGCUUUGAAGUUUUUCAAUGGCAAUGAAGAAGCAGCAGCUGCCUAUCUUUUUGGUGGUUGACCGAGUCACAUAUGAAUUUCACCAACAUUUUUCUUCUUCAUUUAUAUCAUCUAAGGUGUGGGUGGUACGAAAAUUUAAUUUAUACACUUCUCCAUUUUCCCUCCAUGCCAUUUGGCAUAUGGGUAAUGUAAAAUUGCAAUAGUGUGUUGGUACUCCUGAAUCCUGAAUCCUGAUGAGGCCAGUUCCUUCGAAUCAACAUACCAGAUUAUGCUAUAACAGUUGGCACAGCUUUCUUUCUUUUUUAUUACGGAAAAUAAUAUUUUUAGUUGUACAACCUAAUGAGUGUUAUUAAGAAAAUACAGUAAUAAGAGCAAAAGUGCAAAACAUGGAGGAAGUUCAUGAAUAAGACCGAUUAUAUUUUGCUUUCAAA